AUGCUGACAUCGCUCAUCGCCCAUCAAGCCCCGUCGCCGCCUCCGUCGCAUAUCAUCCACGCUCGUUCCCUCUCCAGCUCCUACCCCGAACACGAACCCCAGCAUCGUUGGGCAGACCACUGGUUCGCCAUGGCGCGCCCAGCAGGCAGGACCUCGUCGCCUCAUGCACACGGCCAUGGCGCCGCGUCGCCGCCGACAAGACCCUCGGCACUUCCGGGUGUGACCCCGACAUCGCCCCGGUCGUCCUUCCUGGGCAGCUUUAUGCGGACGAGGUCCCGUGCCCAGAGCGUCACGAAUGCCGUCGCAGGUGCAGUCCGUGGCCAUAGAGUCGGCUCACCGACUGUCGAGCACCCGAACCCGCUCAGCGUUGACGGCGGCGAGGUGUCGCGCAGCGUUUCAUCGCCUCAGGCGGGCAACGGGCCCUCGACCUCAAACGGCCAGGACCCGGUCGUGAUCCCCCCUGUCGACCCGUCCCUCCGGCGAACGCACCGAAUCCGUCUCGUGCCUGUCCUCGAAACUAAUCGGUCCUUCACGUUCGCCCCCGUCCUGCGCAAGAUGGGAGUCAUGCACGUUCCCCCGGGCAUCCUGCCCAGCAUCGCCGCUGCUUCUGUUUCGGACACCGGCCCGCUCGUCAAUGGUCGUCCUCCUCCUUUAAUCCUGAAGAUUGGCCGUUUCACGGAGCGCUCUAAUACGGGUGCUAACGGCGCCAACGGAGCCGUCACUGGAGGGUCCCCUGGAGUCGUUGGCGCCGCGGGAGACGCUGCCGCAGGUGGAGGUGCCGCCGCGAACGGGGCAGCGAAUGGGACCUCGCCCCAGCCGCAACCCGCGUCUGUGCCCGGUGGAGGUGGUGGGGACAUUGUCUCGGCACGAGCCGCAUUCAAGAGCAAGGUUGUGAGCCGCGCGCACGCCGAGAUCUGGUGUGAGCCGGGAGGAAAGUUCUACAUUCGUGACACCGCGAGCUCGUCGGGCACCUUCUUGAACCACAUCCGCCUGUCGAGCCCCAAUGUGCAGAGCCGCCCACAGCUGCUCAAGGACGGCGAUGUCCUACAGCUCGGUGUCGACUACCAGGGCGGCACGGAGGAGAUGUACCGCUGCGUUAAGAUGCGUGUCGAGAUUGGACGCGACUGGCAACAGCGUGGAAACAAUGAGUUUAAUCCGUGCUCCCAUGUGUUCCACUACAAGUGUAUCCGGCCUUUACUGGUGCAGCACCAUCCUGGCUUCUCCUGUCCGCUUUGUCGUACCUUUGCCAACCUCGAGGAGGACGUCGAGACGGAGGACGCGUGGGAGAUUGCCUCUCGCCGCGCGUCAAUCAUCUCUCGGCGCAACUCGAACCACUCGAUCCGUCUCCCGCCAGCGGGCGACUCGCCGAACGCCGCGCCCCGCGAAGCACCGGGAGACCCGAGCACGAGUGUCGGGUUCGGGGAGAACAAUGCCAGCAUCGACGAGCUGCUGGCUGCCUCCUCGAGCCAACCAAGCGAGGACGGGCGCGACGGCGAGCAGCCCCCUCUUGCGCGGCAAACGACCGCUGUCGGGGCCGCAGGUGCUCCCGGCGCUCCCAGUGCCGCCCCUGCCGGUGCGGACCUCAUCGAUCUGCGCUCGACGCUAGGUGCCGAGCCAGAGGACGACGACAUGGCCGCGGCCGUCAACGCCGCCGCCGAUAGUGUCGCGGCGGACACGUCGACGACCUCCUCCGCGUCCCCCAUGCCGAUCGCAGGCGGCAGGUCGAACCAUCUGACGACUCCCAGUCGCGACAGGGAAUUCACGCUGAACGCGACGACGCCGCUGAACGAUGUCUUCCUGAGCACGCUCGUGCUCCAGCCGGGCGGACAGGGUUCCGAGUCAUCCCUCUCGCACGCCGAGGUGCGCGAGUCUCCGAUCCUCGAGGAAGACGAGCCCCCAUUGUCCCCCGACUCCCGUGGGUCCAGGACCGACUUUGAGAGCCCGAUGCACUCGCGCCCGACCUCCCAGCGUCCCUCCCGACCAAGCAGUGCCAGUUUCCCGCCCAGUCGGUCGAGCUCUAAUCCCCCUGCGCCCCGUACUGCCGCUAGUGCCGUGAGUGCUGUCAGCGCAGGAGCGAGUGGGCUCAGUGGGCUGAGCGGCGCAAGCAGCGCAGCAGCCAACGGUGACUCGCGCGCGGGCAGUAUCGCCACUGGGUCCAAUGCGUCGCUGAGCACGCCGGCACGCGACGCCUCGGGCCAGCUCCAGAUCCCCUCGGGACCCGUGUCCGCUCUCAGCGGACCAAGCCAUGGUGUUCUCGGGGGCAGCUUGGGCGGCGGCGCACUCGGUCUCGCGGGCACUGGGACUGGGGCGGUGGGCGGGCUCGGCUCCCCCCUCAGCCUCAACAGUCUCAAUCCGAGCCUGAACCCCAGCUCGGGGAGCAGUAUCUCCGAGUCCGCCCUUUAG